CUCCCUUGCAAGACGCACUCUAGUCAGACCCAUCAUCUUUCAAAGUGAACCUGCAUAUCCAUCCAUAGCACUGAGCAUUGUCCGUCGGCGAAGUUCUGCUCCUGGGACACGGUCAUCCGUACUUCUUUUCCCCCAGCCGCUUCGGACAAACUUGGACCCCAAACAUUGCUACGCCGCUUACUCACCUACAGCGUAUUGUCAUGCUCCACGGUUGAUGCUUUCCGCAAGGAUUCCGGUUUAUGGAAAGUGGUCUUAGGCACCUCACCUUAUUUUAUAGGGCUUACUGAUGACUUGGACGGCUCCACGAGCCAGCAUAUGAACGGUUCUGCCGACAGCUAUACCCACGCUAGUUACGUAGCACGGAAGCAUACCUAUUCACCUCAUACGCCGUCAAGUCAUUGAUUGGCCAUAAUCUCCCGGGAAAUAUGAAUUGAUCGCCAAAGGCCGGCAGAGGAACCCAACACCGUUGACCGGAUUACCGUAUCUACCUUGACAAGAGAGUCUAAGGGUGCGCAAGAUGUCGUUGCCGGCUCAGCAAUCACUGCCGGGCCAUCUGCUCCCCGACCGUGAGAUACAUGUGGUCAUCUCAAUUCUGUCUGGUCGUCACAAAGCAAAAGAAUACUAUGAAGAAUCUAUCAAGCCGUUGCUCGACAGCCACAGCAUUGUCUACUUCACACACGAAACCAAGUCUACCAAGACAAUCAUCGAGUUGACCGAGAAACUUUUCAUCGUGAACGCGCGACAAGGCGUCAAGCAAACAAUCAUCUUGCUGUCAGGAGACGGCGGCAUUGUUGAUAUCGUCAACACGUUCACAACUCUGUUGAACCGGCGGAAUGAUGACGUUCGAGCUCCUUCGAUAUUCCUUAAACCCGCCAUUGUUCUGAUACCCAUGGGAACAGCGAAUGCUUUGGCAUGGAGCUCGGGUGUUGCUCAAGACCCUCUCAAGACUAUGAUGGAAGGAAGACCAAAAUCGCUGCCGUCCUUCAAGGUUUGUUUCAGCCGCGGUGCGGAGCUGGUCGUCAACGAAGGUCAAGACCGGGAAGCUAUAGGUGAUGAGGAUGAGGAUGGGCCGAUCAUGUACGGCGCCGUGGUUGCGAGCUGGGGGCUGCACGCAAGUCUGGUGGCAAUGAGCGACACGACGGAAUAUCGCAAGCAUGGCCUCGCGAGGUUCCAAAUGGCUGCAGAGCAGCUAUUGAAAGAGGUUCACCAGUACAGCGGUAAAGUCAAAUGGCGGAAAUCAGACGGCGAGUGGAGAGACCUGCCUGGACCGCAACACUCUUACGUGCUCGCCACUAUGGUAUCCAACCUGGAGGAGCAUUUCCAAAUUUCACCAGCUACGAGACCUCUCGAUGGUAGCCUCCGACUUGUCGCUAUUGGCGCUGAACCGGCUUCAGAAAUCAUGCGAAUACUGCAUCUAGCCUAUCAGUCUGGAAAGCACGUCACCGACCCGAAGGUGACGUACGAAGAUAUCGAGGCCUUGAGGAUUGAGUUCGAUGAACCAGACGAACAGUGGAGGAUGGUUUGCGUGGACGGGAAGAUCGUCGCAGCAACCCAAGGCGGCUGGGUCGAAGUUACACGGAUUCCCGCUACAGGCAUGGACGCGCGAAGAGUCGUCGAACUGGUGUGCUAAGGGCAGGAGGUGCAAGGCAUACGUGCAGAGCGUGCUUGUCUAGCUGGCAUUCGGUCAGGGGGACAGCUCGGAUGUGCUUACAGCUCGAGGGACUGUACGCGACGUGUAGAGUUGUCUAAUAACCCAGACUAGAACACUUCCAGAGCAUUUUCCUGUACGAUAUCCUUUGAGAGCGAUAGAAUAGAACUGCGCCACAGCCACUACUCACCUGUCAAAAAGUGUGUAGAAAGGGGGCGGGGGAGGUCGGAAACACGUGAUAGCAUGUGAAGAAUCAGCUCAUUG